GGAAUGGGUUGGGAUGAGGUUUCAAGACUGCAUUGGCAAGGCGAGACUUUUUUGGCCUUCUUUUUUAAAAGCAAAUGACUCCUCGAUUGCAGGAUUGCUUUUCUGGAGAAGAGAUAUUGGUAUCUUGGUGGCUCCUUCCUCAAACUGCCAUGCGAGACCAGGGUGUGCUCAAUAGUGUGUGCAGGCACUGGAAAGCAUCCACGUGUGUCCUCAUCUCUUUCCUGGCGUCACUGCUCCUGCUGGCCUUUAACAUGCGCCUACCACUCGAUCACAAAGUGACCAGACGGUCAGUUUUAAGCAAUAACAACAGGACAGACUACAUGCAGAACCUAUUGCGGCUGGUGAACGGCAGGAGCCGCUGUGAGGGCCGUGUUGAGGUUCAGUACAAUGGUACAUGGGGCACGGUGUGUGAUGAUGACUGGGACAUGGUGGAUGCCAAUGUGGUUUGCCGACAGCUGGAGUGCGGUCUGGCUGUAGCAGUGGGCACAAGCUCCCGCUUUGGACAGGGCUCUGGGCCAAUCCUGCUUGACAAUGUUGACUGCAAUGGGGGAGAGACAGACCUGAGCCAGUGUGGCAAUCAAGGCUGGGGUAUCCACAACUGCUACCAUUAUGAGGAUGUGGCUGUGACCUGCAAAGGUAACACUGUGUUAGGACCUCAGGGACUGUCUGAGGAGCCCAGCGCUCUAGCUCGCAGGAACUCUGGUUUAUCAUUGGACGGGUCAAUCCGUUUGGUGGGCGGCUUGGACCGAUGUCAGGGCCGGGUGGAAAUCUACUACCGGGGCAGCUGGGGAACCGUGUGUGACGAUGACUGGGGUUUACGAGAUGCGGCUGUGGUUUGCCAGCAGAUUGGAUGUGGUCCUGUUGUCACCUACACUACCAAUGCUUACUUUGGCUAUGGCAAAGGUCUCAUCCUGCUUGACAACGUACACUGCAGUGGUACAGAGAGUCAACUGGCCGCAUGCUACAGCCUUGGUUGGGGGAUACAUAACUGUGGUCAUCACGAGGACGCUGGAGUCAUCUGUACAAGACUGACCACCACUACUGCCCCUCCUGUGAACACAGAGACCAAACACAAUGCAUUCUUACAUACUGACAUCCCAGCAGGGACAGGAAUGACUAUUCCAGUUACAAAGACAACACUAACUAAUCCAACCACAUCCUUUACCACAAAAGAGCAGCCCACUGUCCGUGUGGUGAAUGGGAACAGCAGCUGUCAGGGCCGUGUGGAGGUUUUAUACCAAAACACCUGGGGUACAGUGUGUGAUGAUGAGUGGGAUAUGGAGAACGCUCAGGUGGUGUGCAGGCAGCUGGGGUGUGGCCCGGCCAUGGCGGCCAUCCCGCUGGCUUACUUCGGCUAUGGCUCUGGUCCCAUUCUGCUUGACAACGUAGACUGUGAUGGUGAUGAGAGGCUGCUUACUGACUGCUUCAACUUGGGCUGGGGACAACAUAACUGUGGACAUCAUGAAGAUGCUGGAGUCAUUUGCUUUACUUCCCCAGGCUGGGCGGGAACAUCGAGAAGCUUUGGAGUGACUGAUAGGAUCAUAACCAGUCCCCCACCAGUGGAGGGUGCGAUGAGGCUAUCAGGUGGUCCGCACCGAUGUGAGGGCAGAGUAGAGCUGUAUCACCGUGGUGCAUGGGGCACAGUGUGUGAUGAUGCCUGGGAUCUCCCUGAUGCCCAGGUUGUGUGCAGGCUGCUGGGUUGUGGUGAUGCUAUAGCUGCACGGGUGGAGUCCUUCUAUGGAGCGGGUCUUGGCACCAUUCUCCUGGACAAUGUGAAGUGCACAGGAGCGGAGCUGUCACUCCAGGAAUGCUCUCACAUACCAUGGGAUGUGCACAACUGUGACCACUCAGAGGAUGCUGGUGUGACAUGCUCGCUCACAUGACUCCGCCCAUCCACAGAAGCCACUCCCCUUCCACUCUACCUGAGGUCUAUAGAGCAGCAGGAAUUGAGUAUGAAGACAACAGGACAUGUACAUUUUGUAAAUAUCCACUCACAGUGAUAUGCUGAAGAUAUAAAAGGCUCCUGGAUGAUCUGAAACAAAAAGAAAUGACAACUUAUGCUUAUAUACAGAAAUUGGUCGAUUUUUAUUUUAUUUAUGCACUUUAUGAAUGUAUGAAUAACAAAUACAUAGAAACUGUAUGUAUAAAUAUGACACCAAGAUUAGUUUUUCAACAUUUGUUAUGUAAAAGCGAUUGAUACAUGGUGAAAAACCUUUAUCCCCCAAUUUUUUUCCUAGAUACCAUAUUAAGAUAUAUAUUAUGCGAGUAUGUUUUGCUAGUCAUGCUUGCCAUUGCAUUGUGGAGCUGCUGGGACUUUCAUUAUUCACAUAUAAGUUUUGGCUAAAGUCUAAUAUACUUAAAAUACCAAUAAAUGGGUAACUGGAAAGUUUUUUUUUUAUUCUAUUAAAUAUAAAGCUAGAAAUAAAACACCAAAGGUCAUCUAAAAAAGAUUCCCCGUAAAAAUAUAUGUCUAUACAUACUCUAGCUAGAAUAUUUAGAUUAACAAAACGAUAUUCUCAGGUUUAAAGAUUGUUAACUGCAUUAGUUAAACAUGAUGGAAAAAUAUCGCAAACUGAGAGCUUUAGUUUUCACAUGACCGUUCUUUACCUUCACUAACACCACUCAAAACUGCCAGAGUAGUUUAUAUCGACAGAUUUUGAUAUUUUUGUGGGACAGGAUGAACAUUUUGUGCGAAUGUUUAAAAUAAACAUUUCAGUGUGCAAAUGUCUUAAGACUUGUUCUGAAAGCAUAAAUUAUUCUUUAAAGCAUUUGUGGGCUUUUUUCUUUGUUUUUAGAAGUGACCACUUUCGUUGCAGGAUGUGAUGGUUCCUGGAUUUAACAUUUGACCCCUUGUCUUGUCUGCUCUUUUUCAAGUGAACAGUGCUUCUUGAGUAAGACAUAUCAAAAAUACUUUUUGAUAAAACCUUUAGUAAGACUUUUAGAUG